GCUAGGCUCAACGUGGACGGGCUGCUGGUCUACUUCCCCUACGACUACAUCUACCCGGAGCAGUUCUCCUACAUGCUGGAGCUCAAGCGCACGCUGGAUGCUAAGGGCCAUGGAGUUCUGGAGAUGCCUUCAGGUACAGGAAAGACAGUGUCUCUGCUGGCCCUGAUCAUGGCUUACCAGCGGGCAUAUCCGCUGGAGGUGACAAAGCUCAUCUACUGCUCCAGAACUGUGCCCGAGAUCGAGAAGGUGAUUGAAGAGCUUCGAAAGUUGAUCAACUUCUAUGAGAAGCAAGAGGGUGAGAAGCUGCCAUUUUUAGGGCUGGCGCUGAGCUCCCGCAAAAACCUCUGUAUCCAUCCUGAGGUGACGCCCCUGCGCUUCGGGAAGGAUGUGGACGGCAAGUGCCACAGCCUCACCGCAUCCUACGUGCGCGCCCAGUACCAGCAGGACCCCAGCCUGCCCCACUGCCGCUUCUACGAGGAAUUCGAUGCCCACGGGCGCCAGGUGCCCCUCCCCGCUGGCAUCUACAACCUGGAUGACCUCAAGGCCCUGGGCCAGCGCCACGGCUGGUGCCCCUAUUUCCUGGCCCGUUACUCGAUCCUGCACGCCAACGUGGUGGUGUACAGCUACCAUUACCUCCUGGAUCCCAAGAUCGCCGACCUGGUGUCCAAGGAGCUGGCGCGCAAGGCCGUGGUGGUCUUCGACGAGGCCCACAACAUCGAUAAUGUCUGCAUCGACUCCAUGAGUGUCAACAUUACCCGCCGGACCCUCGAUCGCUGCCAGAGCAACCUGGAGACGCUGCAGAAGACAGUGCGCAGGAUCAAGGAGACGGAUGAGCAGCGGCUGCGGGAGGAAUAUCGACGCCUGGUGGAGGGGCUGCGGGAGGCCAGCGUGGCCCGGGAGACUGAUGCCCACCUGGCCAACCCGGUGCUGCCCGACGAGGUGCUGCAGGAGGCCGUGCCCGGCUCCAUCCGCACGGCCGAGCAUUUCCUUAGCUUCCUGAGGCGCCUGCUGGAGUUCGUCAAGUGGCGUUUACGGGUGCAGCAUGUGGUGCAGGAGAGCCCACCCGCCUUCCUCAGCAGCCUGGCACAGCGUGUGUGCAUCCAGCGCAAGCCACUCAGGUUCUGUGCCGAGCGCCUCCGUUCCCUCCUGCACACAUUGGAGAUUGCUGACCUGGCUGACUUCUCCCCCCUCACCCUCCUUGCCAACUUCGCUACCCUCGUCAGCACCUAUGCCAAGGGUUUCACCAUCAUUAUCGAGCCCUUUGAUGACAGGACCCCCACCAUUGCCAACCCCGUCCUGCACUUCAGCUGCAUGGACGCCUCGCUGGCCAUCAAGCCCGUGUUUGAACGUUUCCAGUCUGUCAUCAUCACUUCUGGGACACUGUCCCCCCUGGACAUCUACCCCAAGAUCUUGGACUUCCACCCUGUCACCAUGGCGACCUUCACCAUGACCCUGGCUCGAGUCUGCCUCUGCCCCAUGAUCAUCGGCCGCGGCAAUGACCAGGUGGCCAUCAGCUCCAAGUUUGAGACUCGUGAGGACAUUGCGGUGAUCCGGAACUAUGGAAACCUCCUGCUGGAGAUGUCAUCUGUGGUCCCCGAUGGCAUCGUGGCCUUCUUCACCAGCUACCAGUACAUGGAGAGCACCGUGGCCUCCUGGUACGAACAGGGCAUUCUUGAAAACAUCCAGAGGAAUAAGCUGCUCUUCAUUGAGACCCAAGACGGGGCUGAGACCAGUGUGGCGCUGGAGAAGUACCAGGAGGCCUGCGAGAACGGCCGCGGGGCCAUCCUGCUCUCGGUAGCCCGAGGAAAAGUGUCAGAAGGCAUCGACUUUGUGCACCACUACGGGCGCGCGGUUAUCAUGUUCGGCGUUCCCUAUGUCUACACCCAGAGCCGCAUUCUCAAGGCACGGCUGGAGUACCUGCGGAACCAGUUCCAGAUCCGGGAGAAUGACUUUCUCACCUUCGAUGCCAUGCGCCAUGCGGCCCAGUGUGUGGGCCGGGCCAUCCGGGGCAAAACCGACUAUGGCCUGAUGAUCUUCGCUGACAAGCGGUUCGCCCGGGCGGACAAGCGGGGGAAGCUGCCCCGCUGGAUCCAGGAGCACCUCACGGAUGCCAACCUCAACCUGACGGUGGACGAGGGGGUGCAGGUGGCCAAGUACUUCCUGCGGCAGAUGGCACAGCCCUUCCACCGGGAGGACCAGCUGGGCCUGUCCCUGCUCAGUCUGGAGCAGCUGCAGUCAGAGGAGACGCUGAAGAGGGUGGAGAAGAUCGCCCAGCAAAUGUAGCGCCACCCCCACGGCGGGAUUCCCAAAGGCCACGAGGCAUAUGUACCCCGGCUGCCCCCCGACAGCUUUAAUGGACAUUUGAGGCAGGAAGAGGGUGGGGAAGGGAGGAGAGAGGCCAAGGGCUAUGUGCAUCCUGGCUAAGCCCUGAUCUUCUUUGUCCCGGGCCCCUGUGCGCUUCAGCGGGGGCCCAGGUCCUGGGUGCUGGCGCUGAGGUUCCGAGAAGCCUUGCUCAGGUGGUGGCUGGAGAACUGGGGACAGCAGAAAGAUUAGCCACCAGCUGGGCCAAGCCCCUGCCCACUGCCCCAUCUUGCCCACCCAGUGGCACCUCACCUGGGUGCUGGCAGCCCGCGCCCCAUCCGUGUUCAGCAUGCCCAGCGACAUGGCUCGCUUCAUCCUACACCGGAAGGGGCGCCUGAGUGACCCCACCAGUCCUGAGGGUCCAGGACACCGCCCCACAUCCUCCCUAUUAGGUCACUUACCCGCUGGUCCCUGCGGCCACCUCUCCCCGAAUCCUUGACACCAGCUUCUCGCUCCCGCGCCGAAUGGACUCUCGGAACUUGGAGAGGGAGCUGCUCCGGCGCAGGGGCUGGGGUGGGGGGGAUACCAGUGAGCCCCCCCCAACCCUGCAUUUCUGCAUCCCAGCCCUGGAGAGGGUCACCCAGCCCUGACCCUCCUCACCUGCUGCUCGGAAACACCAGCUGUGCCUGUUUGCGGGGCCCCUGGGGACAAAAGGGGUGGUUGAAGUUGGGGGGAUGCAAACGUUGGGGGGCCAAGGUUUGGGUGCUCACCGAGGGGUGCCGGCAGGUUCUCCUGACUCAGGAUCUCCUUGUACAGAGCCUCUGCCUCCUGGUACUUGUUCUGUUUCAGGUAGGCGGACGCCUGCAAAGGGGGGACUCAGUAAUCAACUGGGCGCCCCUCACUCCAGUCUCAGGGUACCAUCUCUGCCUCUCCCACAUUCUGAACAGCAGUACCCUGGACCUCUUCCCCCCCACCCAGCUCCUUUCUAGACACUGUGCACCCC